GGGGCGGGUCAACUGGCGUUCGCUCUUGAAGUCACCCGCCGCGAAGAGCUCGCGCGAGAUUUCGGCCUUGUCUAAGGCAGGCGCCUGGGCGCAGCGCGUUCUUUUUGGCGCGGUGAAGGAGAAAACUGGGGAAGGCAAAGUGAUGGCUCAAUCAGAAGUGAGUUCUGUUGACUCCAUAACAUCUGACAGAGCUGAGGAUAUUCGAAACCAAAGUGAUGACUCAUCUGAUAGCAGCUUAUUUAAAACACAGUGUGUUCCUCCAGCUACACAAAAGCAAAGAAACUCCACUGUAAAAUGUGUUACUGCACCUACAAGUGUUGAAACUGAUUCAUCAAGUGACUCGUCUUUUGAACCAAGGCCUUUGACUUUAAGGGCUAUUUUUGAAAGAUUUAAGAACAAGAAACGGAAAAGGAGAAAAAAGAGAAAAUAUAGGCCCAAAUUAAGACCAAGAGGAAGACCACCUGGAAGCAUUAGAAGAAACAUUAGAAGGUCACAGAUAGAUGUGAAACAGAUUAAAGACAAAGGAGCUAUGUUCCCAUUCUUAGAAUCUGAAAAUGGAAGAAAAGCUUUACCUUGGAAGAAAAUUUUAACAUAUGAGCAAGCUGUUGCAAGAGGAUUUUUUCACCACAUUGAAAAACUCAAGUAUGAGCACCAUCUUACAGAAUGCUUGAAGCAGAUGCAUGCUGGGGAGGAUUUAGAAAAGGAAGACCUUGACAGCCGUAGACACAAGUACAUGGAUGAUGAUGGUCCUCUUUCUCCUAUUGAAGAGUCAUUAACAGAAGAUGAGGCAACGAAUCCUGAGUCUGAAAGUGAUAUCAAAUUGGUUGAAGAUAGCUGCUUCAUAAUAAGCUCAGAAUUCCCAAGGAAGAGGAAUUUAGGACAAGAGAAGAGUAAGAAAGAAUUUGGAUUCUCUAAAAAAUCCAAGGCCAAAGAUACUACACAGCACAGAACAAGCUGGAAAGACGAACAUGUGAAUACCAAAGAAGGUUUGUCUUGAUUAUGAAGUCAGAAUUGGAAGACACCCACGAAAGGAUGCUUGUUUCAGUGUUGCAGUGCAUAUCCUUCAUAAAGAUCCAUAUUCCGAGUGUUAGGUGAGUUUUGGUGGCACUGUAUGUCAUCUUGGGAAAACAGUUGCAGUUCAGAUGAUGAAUUAAACUGUUCAACUGCUGAAUGAUACAGACAUGAACUAAAACUUAAUUCUGACAGAACUGGCUACAGCUAUUGAGUUGGACAGGAGUAUAGUUUUUAUAACAGGAAAUUCUGUCAUACUUUUUAAAGUCUUUCACUGUUCUUUAGGAAUGAAUAUGAUCAGACUUCAGAGAUGUUGGGUGUCAACUAGUGAAGCCUACGUUAAAAUGUCUUUUAGGUUUCUAAAUUGAAGACAUCAUCAGAAAUCUUCCGGUAAGAUGUUAACUUUAGAAGAACAGCAUUAUAAGUUACGUGAAGUCAACUAUCAGGGUUGACGAUGAUACCAGUGACAGAUGUUGUGAUGAUGGGCAAAAUGUUCAACUGCUCUGAGUGGGCUGAAAGAAAGUAGCCUUUCUGAACAUCUACGCUGGGUAGGUCUCUACAGAUCCCACGUAUGCAGGCCUGGGGCCCCACUCCUUUAACCAUUGGGAAUCCUCUUGGGCUUACAAGACAAUCUUGGCUUCAUGUAGCCCAUCUGGUUCUGUGGUUAAUAUGCCCUCAUUUUUACACUUUGAAAACUAAACCUCAUGUAGAAAUUUUUGUAAUUUUAUCAUAUGAAUUUGAAAAACUUUCCCACAGGUUGAGAACUUUGAAGUUGUUAAGCCAAGGAUAAAAGAAUAAA